CGUUAAAGGUCCUUAACUUGUCAGUCUUUUCACUUUCAGAGUCAAACACGGAUUCGUUAUGUGGACGAGAAGCUAACUGAUGUUUGAAGGAUCACAGGAACUUAAUCCCUAAGAGAUUAUUGUCAGAUUAAUAGAAGAUGAUCACCAAUCCAUAUCUCAAUACAGAUCAACCCUUCAUGCAUGAAGAUGACAAAAUACAAUUCACACCAAAGAAAGGAUCAGAUGUUAAGCUCCAAUAUGUUCACCAUGUGUCCCCAAACCCCCCACCAGAGAUCGGCAGCUCCAACCCCCCCAAGAAAGAUGUCAAAGAGAGAUGGUUGAAGUUCACCGUAGCGGCUGUGAUCUCCCUGCUGCUCCUCCUGAUGGUGGCUGGCAUCCUCCUCGGUUAUUACUAUUCCUCAUCCUGUCUACAUGGGAUGCGGUGUGGGGAUGGGAACUGUGUGUGGGACUCUCAGUGGUGUGACGGGGUCAAGAACUGUCCUGCAGGCCAGGAUGAAGCUAACUGUGUGAGGGUGCGUGGCUCAAACUUCCUCCUUGAAGUUUACUGGACUGAGACUAAAGAGUGGAGGCAGGUUUGCUCCGAGGGCUGGAGUGAUCAGCAGGGUAAAGCAAGCUGUCAUGACAUUGGAUACACCAGGGACACAUAUUUUCAAUCAGGACACCAAAGGACUGACUCAAAUAGGGGUUUUUUAUCAGUGAAGUCAAGCUUCAACCCUCAAUCAUCUAUACUGCAGCAGCUCACCCAGAGAAGUUCAUGCAAGAACAACAGUGUGGUAACGCUACAGUGUACAGACUGUGGGAACAGGGAGAGCUCCAGCGAAGCCUCUGGAUCCCAGCUGGCCUCUGUGGGGUCUUGGCCCUGGCAGGUCAGCCUACAUGUUGCUGGCUCUCACAGGUGUGGAGGAGCAAUCAUUUCACCACGAUGGCUCAUCACAGCAGCUCACUGUGUGAGCAGGACCUCAAGUCCUGCAGACUGGGCAGUGUAUGUUGGGAUAGUGGACCCGUUAGGCCCAGUGUUUAAUCCUGCCCAUGCUGUGAGUGAAAUAAUAACACAUGAAGGAUAUAACAGCCAGACUCAACAGAAUAACGUCGCGCUCAUGAAGCUCUUCGAUCCUUUGAACACCAAAGCUUCCAGUAAAAUCAGACCUGUGUGCCUCCCUAUUGCCGGUCUAAACAUGACUGAUCCUGGAAAGAGCUGGGUGACAUACUAUGGCCCCACAGCAAACAGAGAUUCUGGUUCUCUGUACCUGAAGGAAGCUCCAGUAUCACUCAUCCCCUCCGCAGAGUGCAACAGCUCCGAGGCAUACAGGGGCAGAAUAUCCCAGGAAAUGCUCUGUGCCACAAAGAUGGAAGCAGGAGCCACUAUGUGCAAUCCUGACAGUGGGGGUCCUCUGGUGUCCCACAUGGAUGGGCUGUGGUGGCUAAUGGGUGAGGGCGUGUGGGGGGAACACUGUAAUGGACAGAAUAAACCAGGUGUCUAUACCAACAUCAGACACCAUCUGGACUGGAUCUACUAUCAGAUGCAGAAGCAUCAAGAUGCCUGAAACUGCGACCAAAGAGGAUCGGCCUUGAAAAAAGAUUUUUGUUGUAACAUUUCUUAACUUAAGAUUUUAAAGCUGGAUUUGUAAUUAAUUGUGUGUAAUACUGAUUGUUUUAUUUUGAGUUAAUUACAUAAAAUAAUGCUAAAUAUUUCCAUAGGCUCUGAAAAACACAGAUCAGUUAUACAAUUACCUUAUUAGGUUAUAUCCAUCACUAGAAAGUCAAAAAGUUUACAAAGAGGAGCUUGAUGCCACUCCAGCUUAGUGGAUUUAAAUCUGGACUUUGACUAGGCCACUCCUAAAGUUGCUUUAAAGCCUGAAGUUCUCUGAGCUUUAAGUUUGAUGUGGUGGAAAAUCUGCUUCACGAAUUAGUAGUUAAGAAGAAAUAAUUGUCUUAUCAGUUUCAGUCCUCCAGUUCCUGAAGAAGAAAAACAGCUCCAGACCAGCCCUCUAUUACAAUGUUUAAGAUUCAAGAAGAUUUUCUUUUUCCUGUAAUUUUGUAGCAACUUCCACAAAAUUCUACUUUUGUCUCUUAAUUUUAAGUAGAUCAUCAAGGGUAAUGCUCAAGAAAUGCAACCCUCUCCCUUGGAUGUCAUUGUACCAAAGAUUCUUAUUUACUGUUGAAGUGUAAACAGACAUCUUAACUGAGGCAAAUGAAGUCUGCAGUGCUUAUGGAUUCUUUUUCUGCUCAGAUUUUUAAAUCAUAGAUAAGCUUUUGGGAGCCGCCUUUUAAGGCCGACCACUCUUGGAUAAUUACUGUACUGCUCAAUAUUUUAUUGGAAAUGACUUUCUAAGCCUAUCUCUAUUGUUCCAGGUUGUUUUUCCUUUUUUAGAUAUAUUUUAGACUACUACAUGCUUUUAGACGCCAGGAAUUUACCUUUAAAUUUUAAUCAGGCCUGGGUGCUAAUGAAUGAGAUUCAAAAUAUUAUUCUAUUCACACAGUAUAUUAAAUAAAAUAAAAAAAUUAUUAUUUUAAAUAUAUUCUAUUUCCAGUUGCUUGUGUCAAAAAUAGAAACAUAAAUCUAGAAAGAAAUUAGGCCUGCAUUGUGAAACGUAUAAAAUAUAUAAAUAAUGCAUGUUACUUAUGACAUGCUUUUAUUUUGUAGAGUGUUUUCUUUGAGAUGAUGAGGUACUUAUUUAAAUUAUUAGUAGACAUUGUAGCAUGACAAGAAGUAAUAUUAGCAUUGUUGCUAAUUUGUGUAGCAUCCUAAUAAAUUAAGCAAGAAAUACAUACAACUUUAUAUGUCAUCAAAAUGCAGGGUGAGAUGAAUUAUGUUGGGAUGGAGGGAUAAGAGGAAAAAAAAAACAGAAACAAGAUUUUUUUUUUCUUUCUUUGGCUCCCAAAUAUUUAUUAAUUUAAAAUGUCUGAUUUGUCCCCAAUUUUUUUAUUUACAAAACACCUCUGAUGUUUAGCACAUGAAACAUACACAGUUAAAUAAAGGAAUAAUCAUGUGUACCUAUA